CUGCGCGCGGCGCUCUGGCGCGAGCGGCUCUAUGGUGGCGGCCGUUGGCGCGGCGGCGCUUCCGGCGGGCGCGGAGGCCUGUGGGGGAUCGCCGCGCGCCACUUCUGCCCGCCGGUGCUGAAGGAGCGGAGCCGCCAUGUCUCACACAAUUCUACUUGUCCAGCCUACCAAGAGGCCAGAAGGCAGAACAUAUGCUGAUUAUGAAUCAGUGAAUGAGUGCAUGGAAGGAGUCUGUAAAAUGUAUGAGGAGCAUCUGAAGAGAAUGAAUCCCAACAGUCCAUCCAUUACAUAUGAUAUCAGCCAGUUGUUUGACUUCAUUGAUGACUUGGCAGACCUCAGCUGUCUUGUUUACCGUGCUGAUACUCAGACAUACCAACCGUACAACAAAGACUGGAUAAAGGAGAAGAUCUAUGUCCUCCUCCGCAGGCAGGCCCAGCAAGCAAGCAAAUAAUGGGGGCUCCAUCGCUACGUGGGUUUGGGGAGGGUUUGGACAACAGGUGUGUACAGAGUGUAGUAGUGAGCGUUUUGUAUUAUAGUCAUCCUGUUGCCAUCUUGAGAAACUCAUGAGCCAGGACUGACUGUCUUUUUAGAGAUACAAGGAUUUUGUUGGAUUUGACUUGUUUUUCAGUGUAAAUGGAGAAGAAAGUACAACAUCUUCAGCAGAGUUUUCAUUUUUUUUCCUCCAGUUUGCUAAUGGUCCUACCUUAUUUGAACCCCUGGGGCUAUUCACAUUGUACUUCACCACAUUUGCUGUAUGUGCCCCUCUGUGGGUUUUUAACAUUCAGUUAUGUCUUUGAGAUGUCUUAAUGGGAAAUAAAAACUUACCCUUUAGUUAAA